CGGGGCAGGCGCGGCGCGCGGGGACCCAGGCGGUGGCGGCCGCCGGGCGCAGCGGGUCCGGCGCGGGGAGCCGGGCUCAGCCUCGGCCUGCGCCAGCCCCGACCCUCGCCACCCGAGGCCGGCCUGGGGGGCCCGCAGGGCGCGCGGAGCGCCGAGUGCGCGUCGGGCCGGGCCCCGCACCUCGGCACAGGAGCGCGGUCGCGGCGCGGCGGAGCGCCAGGCAUGGAGCCGGCCCGGGAGCCCCCCGCGCGGGCCCGGCCGCCGCCGCCCCCCGCCGUCCGUCCCGCGGCCGCCCCCGCCGCGCCCAGGCUGCGCUCGCCCGCCGAAGCGGAGGGCCGCGGUCCCGAGGGGCUGCUGCGGCGAUCGGGGUCGGGCUACGAGGGCAGCACCAGCUGGAAAGCGGCCUUAGAGGACACCACCACGCGUCUCCUGCUGGGGGCCAUCGCAGUGCUUCUGUUCGCCAUCCUGGUGGUGAUGAGCAUAUUGGCUUCCAAGGGCUGCAUCAAGUGCGAGGCGCCCUGCCCGGAGGACUGGCUGCUCUACGGAAGGAAAUGCUACUUCUUUUCUGAGGAACCGAGAGACUGGAACACGGGCAGGCAGUACUGUCACGGCCACGAGGCCGCGCUGGCUGUGAUCCAGAGCCAGAAGGAGCUGAUUCCCCAUCUCGGGCCCAGGGGAGUGCGUCUUCGUGGAGCCCACCAGGCUGGUGUCGACGGAGUGUUUGAUGACCCGGCCCUGGGUGUGCAGCAAGAUGGCCUACACAUGAGGCCCAGCUCGAGCUCCCUGGGACUCCUUCUAGGACAGCAGCAGCCCUCAGUGACCACUCCCUCACCCCAACACCUCCAGCACUUAAGACUGAGCCUUUCACACCACCGGAGUCUGUCGGAAGUUUUCGUCUGUGACUCAUCUCUAAAGUCAUCUGACCGCUCUUGGCAUCUGAUUAUAAGCCCCUGGAUAGCAGGGAUUAUGUGUCACUGGCCUCUUUGUAGCACACAUAGCAUGUGCUCAAAAAAAACUGUUGUAUAUGACAAUAAGAUUGCCCCCAAAUGUCAUCUCUGAAACUCUUUGCCAUGGUGGGAGACAGCAGUGGCCGGCCAUCAUAAGAGGCUCGUCUUUUUGGCUUUGGUGGGCGUGGCAUGAUUUUAGAGGCCCGGCAAGAUGCACUCUUUAGUUUGUUUUGCUUCAGCUAAGUUAGCUCGCUCACAUUCCCUAAGCGUGUAGAUACUGGGUGGCCUGAGUGGAGGUGACAGGGAGCACCCGGGCCGUGAGGGAGAGCUGCCUUCACCUCCAGAACAUAUUCUGCACAUACACAGAGCCCAGCUGGUGAGGGUGAGGGGCUGGCUGUGAGUGGAAACCAGGCCCGGGGAGGGUGUCCCUCAGUGACUGGGGCUGGCGGCUGAAGAUUCCUGUGGUCACCAGGAUAAUUAUGCUAAUAUCACUGUGCUGUCUGUGAAAGACGACCUGGUUUUCAGAAAUGCCCACUGUCUGCUGUGUACUUAACACCAGGAGGGGGUGGAGGUAGAGGAGGGAACUGCUCUUUCCUUAGUCUGUAAAGAACUCCAAACCGGGAGCAAGUAUGAGAUUCAAACAGGGGUCAUCCAGAAAACCUCCUGCCGUGCCCAUCAGAGAUCCCACGUCUCAGCCUGGAGUGGGUACACACUUGGCCUGACUCAGAAGACCUGCCCGAGUCUAGUCUGGGGCCAGCUCUCCCGACAAGCAGAUGUGUAGCUCAGGCUGCUGUGCUCAACCUCCCCGACCCCAGGCUUCACCUCUAACAUAAAGUAGAAAUCGUGCCUGCCCUGCCUACCUCACAGGGUUUUGAGAACUGUAGAUGUUAGAAUUUCAGGGAUUAGAAAUUAUCGACCCCAUUCUCAUUAUCCAUGAGACCCCGAGAGGUUAAAUAACACGUCCAAGGUCACGCAUCUAGUGGCAGAGCUAGACCUCAGGUCUUGUGGCUCCUCUAUUCGUUGUUGAUACUAUUAUUGCACGUAUCAUGCUUUAUUUGUUUACCUGUCCACCAUCCACGCAGAAGUGUAAGCCCCUAGAGGGCAGGGAUCCACUCUCACGCUCCUUUUUAAUCUAGCGCCUGGUACAUACUAAAGGUGCUCAAUAAACAUGUGUUGACCUAAACUGAUCUUGACUCCUAGUUCAAGUGCUCCUUCUACACCAUGCUGUCUCUGAUCUCAGAAAUCUGUACUGCCAGCCCAGCUGCCCACAAAAAGUAUGAAAACUUGCAGGUGUUUUAGAGAAAAAGACAAGAUGCUCAACUGCUUUGCAAUGUGCUUUAGGGUCCUGUAGUCUAGAGCACAGAAUCCAUUUGAAUAAAGACAU